GUCAGUCUGUGGCAUUUGGUAAGCGGCAAAGCGGUAUAAUAUUUACCAAUUUCUUAUAAAUUUUUAUAUCAACAAUAAAUAUGACUGCGUUUGAGGAGUUUGGAGUUCUUCCCGAGUUGGGGAAGGCUAUAGACGAAAUGGAUUGGACACUUCCGACAGACGUGCAAGCAGAAGCAAUUCCACUUAUCCUGGGUGGAGGUGACGUGCUUAUGGCAGCGGAGACCGGUAGUGGUAAAACCGGCGCUUUCUGCCUACCCAUACUGCAGAUAGUUUGGGAAACACUUAAAGAUAUACAAGAAGGAAAAACUAGUAAAGUGAUACAGCAAGCUUCGACAGAAUGGACCAUGUCUUUCUUCGAUCGCACUGACGCCUUGGCGGUAACUCCAGAUGGUCUGAGAUGUCAAUCUCGAGACGCUAAUGGAUGGCAUGGUUGUAGGGCCACUAAGGGUGUGCAUACUAAGGGUGCAUAUUAUUUUGAAGCUACAGUUACAGAUGAAGGGUUGUGCCGGGUCGGCUGGUCUACUCAGGCUGCACGGCUGGAUCUUGGCACAGACAGGUUAGGGUUUGGGUUUGGUGGUACUGGCAAGAAAUCAAAUGCAAAGCAGUUUGAUGAUUAUGGCAGUGCUUAUGGGAAAGAUGAUGUCAUUGGAUGUCUAUUAAAUUUAAACACUGGAGAAAUAAAGUACACAAAGAAUGGUGAAGAUUUAGGUGUGGCCUUCAAAUUGGACCAAUCAAGACGGGCCGACUGUUAUUUCCCAGCAGUUGUUCUCAAAAAUGCUGAAAUGAGCUUUAACUUUGGUACAACACCUUUGAAACAUCCACCUACAGGAGACUAUGUACCGCUAUGCCAGGCACCAAAGGAUUAUGUGAAGCAAAAUGUAGUUGCAGCAGUUGCUGCUACUGGCGCUGUGAAGCCAGUCAAUAAUGCUCCUCAAGCAAUUAUUAUUGAGCCAUCCAGAGAGUUAGCAGAACAAACAUGCUCACAAAUAACGAUGUUCAAGAAACAUUUGGACAACCCAAAGGUGCGAGAAUUGUUAGUGGUUGGUGGUAUAAAUGUGAAGGAUCAAAUUAACCAGUUGAAUACUGGUGUUGACAUUGUUGUUGGGACACCUGGUAGAUUAGAAGACCUUAUUCAAGGAGGUUACUUAGCUCUCACACAUUGCCGAUUUUUUGUAUUGGAUGAAGCAGAUGGUCUCUUAAAAUCUGGUUGCGGAGAACUGAUUGAGAGGCUACACAGACAAAUACCAAAAAUUACUUCUGAUGGGCGACGUUUGCAAAUGGUUGUGUGCUCUGCGACAUUGCACGCGUUCGAAGUUAAGAAGAUGGCGGAGAAGCUCAUGCACUUCCCCACGUGGGUAGACCUGAAAGGAGAAGACGCAGUACCGGAGACGGUUCACCAUGUCGUUGUCAACGUCGACCCACAGAAGGACCGCUCCUGGGAAAGUCUGAGAAAGCAAAUAACAACUGACGCUGUGCACGCAAAGGACAACAUCCGCAGCGGCAACACCACGCCGGAGACUCUGUCGGAAGCGGUCAAGAUUCUCAAGGGAGAGUACUGUGUACGCGCCAUACGGGAACACAAAAUGGAUCGGGCAUUAAUAUUCUGUCGCACAAAACUCGACUGCGACAACAUGGAGCGCUACCUCAAAUCGUUUGGCAACGAGUUCUCGUGCGUUUGCCUCCACGGCGACCGCAAGCCGGCCGAGCGGAAGGCCAACUUGGACAAGUUCAAGCAGAAACAAGUCAAGUUUCUCAUCUGCACGGACGUCGCUGCCAGGGGUAUUGAUAUAUCCGGACUGCCUUUCAUGAUCAACGUGACCCUCCCCGAUGAGAAGUCUAACUACGUGCACCGCAUCGGUCGCGUGGGCCGCGCCGAGCGAAUGGGUCUAGCCAUCAGUCUCGUCUCUACUGUGCCAGAAAAGGUGUGGUACCACGGCGAGUGGUGUUCUUCCCGCGGCCGCAACUGCUGGAACACCAACCUCAUCGACGACAGGCCCAAAGGAUGCUGCAUGUGGUACAAUGAGCCACAGUACAUCGCGGACAUCGAAGAUCACUUGAACAUCACGAUACAACAGAUCGAGAACGAUAUGAAAGUGCCGUGCAAUGAGUUCGACGGCAAGGUUGUGUACGGGCAAAAGAGGCUGCAAACCGGUUCUGGCUACCAGGAUCACGUGUCGCAAAUGGCGCCCGUGGUACGCUCGUUGCAAGACCUGGAGUCGCAAGCGCAGAUUUAUUACUUGAAGAACCAUCAUAAUGUUGCAGUCGCUUGAUUUUUAAUUAAGUUUAAUAAUA